AUGAUGACGAGUAUCUCAGAACUCAAAGCUGAAGGUAUCGGAGGGCCCUUACAGGUUAGAAUUCUACGCAAAUGGAAGCACGAUGUCCGCCAAUAUGAAACCUGGUACCUGGCUGUUGACAGAUUUGGUGAUGCAAUUCAAAUUCUUGGACAGCGAACAAAUCAGAGCUACAUUGAAUCCAUUUUUAAUGUUUCAGAGUGUUAUGUCAUAUCUGAUUACAGCUGCCCAGCGUUAGACAAGUAUCAAAAGGUUCUUGAAAAUGACAUCUACAUAGAUGUCGGUCUGAAGUCUAUCAUACAACCAAUUCCAGACACAACAACAAUUCCAAAAAACUUGUUUCGCUUUGUUUCAAAGUCGCAUCUGAUAGAACUCGGAGAAACACCACCAUAUUAUCCAGACUUCAUUGGUGUUCUAUCAAAGAUAAGAGAUUGCACGAAAACAAAUAAGGAACCGUUUGUCUUACUUAUUCUCACAGAUGAAAGAUUCACAGGACCCUCAAGGCCAGUGUCGGCACCAUCUGGAACCCCCUCAACCUUACAUGACAUGAAACUGAAAACCCGAUCUGAUCUGCUGGUAAGAUGA